GAUUGAACAUCUUUUGUUGGUUAAUCCUUCCGAGUUGGUGGGGGUCUGAGCGCAGCAGAAGAAGCAGGCACCGGGGAGAGGAGGGAAAGUGCGUGUGAGGAUACACUCGCUCAUUCUCUGUGCAAGCAGUGGAGUGAGGUGCUGAUAGGAAGCGGGACUAGUCCUACUUAUUCGUUUAUUAUUCUAGAUCAGUGAAUUAAAAGCAACGGCAAAGAAAGGAGGGGAAAGUAUUUAUAUUUCUAUACUGUUGCUGUGCAUUUAACGGAGCGAUGGCCGAGCGCAUGAUGAUGAGCCACGGGCGAUUUCCCGAAGGAGUCAACGGGUUACCGGUCCGGCGAAUGGCUAUGAACCCUUAUGCCCAGCACCAGCACUCUUACGGCGGCCUGAUGGGCGAGCAUCCGGCCGUCGGGUCUUUGUUGCACUACCCGGGGGGCAGUAAUGUGAACUCCGGCAACGGGGCAAUGAGGCACGGACUGGUCCCCGGGGUGAGGCAGCCCCCGGUGGCUCACUUGGGCAGUGUGUCUCCCCAGAGCAUCAGGUACGCCUCCGUGCAGCAGCCGCCGCCUCCAAACCCUGCACAUCCCCAGUACAUGGGACCGCCGGUGUCCGGGAACAGUCCGGCCGCUCAGCUCGCAGCCAGCAUGCACUUGCAAAAAUUGACCAGUCAGUACUACGGCCACCAGCAUCACUACAACCUUACGGAGCUGCACAACCCGGGAAACGCAAUCCAGCAGCAGCAGUGCGCCGAGAUUCGGCACCACAGCCCUUCUCUGCCACCCAACCAUCACAUGUCCGCUGCAAUACUGCCCCCCAAUGUCAUAGACACGGAUUUUAUCGACGAAGAGGUGCUGAUGUCCCUGGUGAUUGAGUUGGGCUUGGAUCGCAUCAAAGAACUUCCCGAACUGUGGCUGGGCCAGAACGAGUUCGACUUCAUGACCGAGUUUGUUUGUAAACAGCAGCCCAGCCGAGUGAGCUGUUGAGGAGAGCGUGUUCGAAAAGAAUUUAACAAAAUGCAAAAAAAAGACUUCCAGUGAUCUAACAAUAUUUGCAACCACACCAGAGAGAUUUUUUUUUAAAUUACUGUUUCACCCACUGAGUGUUGGUGAUUUGUUUUGUAUCAUCGUGUUUGAUCAGUCGCUGCACAUGUAACCAGUUCUAGAAGCAACUACUGUUUCGUUUUAAAUGAUUUGUUAUUUUUUCAUCUUCAUUUGAAACCAAAAGCCAAAACAUUCGCGUGAAAACUGGGCCCCUUGAUCUCAAGCCCCAUCCACCAUUUGAAGGAGGGGUUGGGGGCGGUGGUGAUGUAAGGGCUUGUGAAGCAUUUGGUGGGAUUCUUACAAAAAGAAAGUUGGUUACUCUUUUUAAAAAGAAAAAUCACUUGCUUUGUAUGCAAAGUCUGUCGUGGGCAUGGGGGGAGAGAGGAAAAUGUUUCUUGAGUGAUUUGUUUUGAAACAGCAUUGGUAAGGUUAGAAAAAAUACGGGAUGUGACUAUAUAUUGGUUUCGGACCUUUUCCACAAAGAAUCCUGUCUUUAACAGAAAAUCCUGUAACUUAAAACUUAAUGACAAUGGCCUUUCACACAAAGACAACAUUCCUUUGGGCCUGAUUUCCCUGCCUCCCUCUGGUUUUGUGAAUGUUUGGACAGUUUCAGGCUGGAAUGUGUGUGUGUGUACUGGUGUGCUCGAGUGUGGGGGUGAAAAAAAAUCCCAAAAGUUUCUUUUU